AUGUCCGGCAGCGGUGUCGAACAGGCAUCUGGUGUUCGGAAUCACGACCCGCCUCCGUUUGGGCGUCAAUCCUCUGCGCCCACCUUCAGCCAAUCCGCUCGCCACAGCGCCUCAUCCUUUGAGGCCUCUCCGAUCGCUCCGUCCCUUUCGAACUCCACGUAUACCUCCCUCCGAUCAGGCUUCGACCCCACCAACCCUCUUGUCGCUGGUGGACAUUCACACCCGGACCUGCGUGGCCGUGACUCUCCAGACCCGGACGAUUUCUAUCGGCGUGAAGGUGUGCCCGCGGCAACCGAUGGCAAGACCGGGGUCGACAAUGUGACAAGUGCAAGGAUGGCAACUGGCUAUAGCGACCUAACGGACAGGGUGUCCCCGCUGCCAACAGACAAUUUAGACUAUUCGCGCGCUAGACGGCCAACGUAUCGGUCGACGUCUGAUUCGCCUGCGUUGAGAGGUCCGUCAGCAUCGGUAUCUUCCACUUCCUCAAGAGCCCGACAAACUUCUUUCAAAGACCUGAUCAACAAAUUCAACCAAACCUCCGACGAGGUCCUUCCCUUGCCUACCAACUCUCGAACUACCUCACGGGCCGCAAGUCCUUCCGGCAGCUUUGACACCGACCACCCCUCACGAGCCUUGCCGCGACGGCGUCAUCUGCGGGGCGAAUCUCCACCGCCAGUCUCCGUAACGAGCACGCCUAGGCUGCAGGUUGAUCCAACACCUUCGUCACCGGAGUUUGAGCGCCCUAGACAAGAUCCAUUAAGUACGGAACCUGUGAUCCCUCCUCCACUCUUCCAGCGAAUCCCGAAAUCGCACCCUCGACGACCACUAUUUGGGGAGUUGUUGUCGGUGAACACUCAGCUGAAUAACUUGGGAUUUGGUAUCCCUGCCCAUAUUAAGCGCCGGGGCUCUGAAGGGAGCCUCCCGAGUCCCAAUCCAGCAUUCCUCGACCAAUCCCAGCCAUCGUCGGCUCGCUCGCCAUUAACGCCAACCGCGUGGUAUCUGGGGCAGACAAGCUCUUUGGAAGCAGUGCAGAUUGGGUCGAACGGUGCGAACAGCUAUCAUCGCAGAGCUCGGAGCGACUUGGCUGGAAAUCCCCCAAGGGAGCCCCUUGCGGAUCCGUGGGAUCCCGACAUGGCGGUUUCAGUGCCCUUGCGGCAGACAAAGCCGGGCGAUGGUUCGCCCGGCAGCCCCAAUUCCAGAUCCCGCAUUCCUGUCUCAUCACAGCGUCUGCCAGCUGCUUCCGGCCCAGAGAGCCAGUCACCGACCUCGAAUUCGACCUUCAGCAGUCGGUCCUCCGCCAUUCCUCUGGCUCCGAAGGGCAGCAGCCGCCUUCCCAAACCGUCUGGAAAGGACAGCCCGCCCCGCAUGGCGGAAACGGGACCCGCCUCGUUUGCGAUGACGGGGCGUGGCAGACGCGAUAUGACGAUCGGCCGAAGCCGUACCCAGGUUCCCGAACGAAGUCAGCUUCUCCAAGCAUACAUCGCCGCUCCUCCUCCGAAGAAAUCGCCGCCAUUGCGCAGUUCUCGACCUCGGCAGCCCAUCUCACAUGGUGGGCCGAUCUCUCCGCGCUCCCGGAUUGGCGAUAGGAUAUCAACAUUACAACAACAGUCCACUGGUGAUUUGGAACCACCGCACAGCCCUCGCACACGACGACGAUUGCCCGAAUUGGGUAACGUGGAUUUCGAAACUCGUCGACAACGAAUCCAACAAGCUUUCAAUCGUACAGUCCAAGAGAAUGAGCGAAAGGAGGAAGCCGCUGCUGAACUUCGACGCCGUGCUCGAGAACAAGAAAAAGCAGCUCACGCAGACGCCGACACUCCAACGGAUGACCAAGCGACAACCCCCAGUGCUGCAACGGUUAAUAAUAACGCUCUGCCCUCCGCAGAGAUGACCACAGUGGUACUUCAGUCGGUCAGUGCUCCUGCCGACGGGGACAAGCACCAACGCACCGUCCCUCAACUCCACCUAAAUACGGCGGUCAAUGUGACAGACAACAAUGUGCCGCACACGACGAUGGAUUCCCCGACAUUGGGAAAUCCAGAGGGUAUUCAUCGCGAACCACGUGAUACGGCGCCUGAUCAGAAUCACGCAGAUGACAUCGAGCCCAAAUCGGCCAUGACAACCGGCUCAAGCGAUACCCACGUCACCCAGUUUGACCCCGAGCCUCAAUCUGGUUUACUUGAGAGAAAGCCCAGUUUGUCUCAUCGGACCCUGUUAAACCACAUUAUGCAAAUCCGUGAAUCAAGUUCGAGUAGCGAUUCCUGUGACGAGCCGGAUUGCAGUCUAUCGGAGAACGACGACAAGGCCUCGAUCAAGAUUAUGCUCCAUGAGUCCCCGUACUUGCGUUCUGGCAGCAGCACAGAUACCGAAGAGCCUCAAUCCGCGCCUUUACAGCAGGUUCAAACAACCGAUCACCCACAGAACCGAUGGAGUUUGAGUUCAUGGGAUUCGUCCGUUCACCACAAUCAGACCUCCACCUGUGAUGAACAAUGUGAGGAAAGUGGAGAUGACGCAGCUUUGCAGGAUGACCAGGCGACGGAACCAGCAACUCAGUCUUGCUCUGCAGCUUCGACAAGCCCACCUUCUUUCGAUGAGCAGGACACUACGUCUCCUAUUCAAACAGACAUUGGCGUGAUGGGACCAGACACCGUUGAGUCCUCGCAGCAGUCACAGUCCGGUCAUGCUUUCUCCACACCCCCCAGUCUGGCCAAACAAGGCCGCUGGGACUCUCGCCGUGUCACUCAGCUCUAUCUGGAGGAAUUGACCCGAGGCAGAGCGAACAACAACAACUCCAGUACCGGCAAUCAUAUGAACAGCCUACCUUCUCCGGCUGUCCGCACGGCUCUUGUUGCUCCGCCUCGAGCCCACAAUCACAAUAACAGUAACAGCCUGACAGAUGAUCCGGUCUUCGUCCCCCGAUUCCAGGAAAUUCCAGUGGCAGACAUUAUGCCAGGAUUCCAGGAAUUACCAAGACCGGACCACCAAAGAUCAGAUCAUCUCUCCCCGUCGGCAACUUUGGCUGGACCAAGCGACUGGGAACAUGCAUCUCCAUCGAUCAUGGAUUGGAUGCAGAUUGCCGCUGAAGAAGAGGCUAUCACUCCCGGAAGUGAGAAUGGCCACGCUACUCUUGCUGGUGUGCCCACUCCACGCCGCCAAACAGCCGCAGUUGAACUAGAGGCCUCGAGGAGCCAUGAUUCUGGCCUCGGGCUAUCUAUCAAUAUUCAGCCGCCGGCUCGUGGACCUGCAGAGCUUCCUGCCGACACAUUCCACUCUGGAAAUGACUUGCACAUCAAGGACAAGGCCCUUCCCGACGUGCCACAAUUGCGCCCUACCCACAGCGCUGAGAGUAGUGAAGAUUCUUUGUUUCACCGAGUGGACAAUGCCCAAUCACCUAAUGCUGCGGAUUCGUCUGCGACAUCUCUGGCGCCAUCUGCCGAACAAUCCAUGCGGGCUGAGCCGCGCAAGUCUCCUUCGCCCGAGCAGCGACGUCUGAAGAAACGCCGUAAUGUCAUCAAGGAGCUCGUUGAUACCGAAUAUACAUUUGGUAAAGAUAUGAAGGUGGUCGAUGAUAUCUACAAAGGCACCUCUUCAUCUUGUUUGGAUCUCUCUGUGGAGGAUGUUAAGAUUCUGUUCGCCAACUCCGAUCAGGUUGCACAGUUCUCAUUCAACUUCCAGGACACGCUGAAGAGAGCUGCUCGCAGUGUCUACAUUAUGCCCAAGUCUCAGCGCUGGAGCAGCAAGCGCAGUGCGCGUCACAAUCGUUCUGCCGAUACAGCUGAUGAACAGAAUGUUGCCGACUCGGGCACAUCUGAUCUUGAGAAAGACCGUGCCACCGCCAUUGGAGAAGCUUUCAUCCUUCACAUGGCCCAGAUGGAGAAGGUGUAUACCGAGUAUUUGAAGAAUCAUGAAGCUGCCAACAAAAAGCUCCAAGUUCUCCAGCGCAACCAGAAGGUGUCGAUCUGGCUGAAUGAAUGUCGCGAGUGGGCUUCAGAUCUCACCACUGCGUGGGAUCUCGACUCCCUCCUUGUCAAACCUGUACAACGCAUUUUGAAGUAUCCGCUUCUCUUGUCCGAGCUUUUGGACUCGACUCCCAACGAUCACCCGGACCGAAUCCAUCUCCAGAAUGCUCUGCAAGAAGUCACCGACAUUUCUGUCCGAAUUAAUGAAAUGAAAAAGCGCGCGGAUCUGGUGGGUCAAGUCGUUGGUCGUAAGCGCAACCAGUCCGAUGUACGAGCAGGCUUGUCCAAGGCAUUUGGUCGACGCACAGAAAAAUUGCGCCAGCAGGUUGGUCUUUCGGAAAUGUUCCAAGACAAGGAGUAUGAUUAUCUCUUCCAGAAGUUCGGCGAGCACUUCGCAGAGCUGCAUGUGAUCAAGAAUGAUGUGGUGAUAUAUAAGGAGAACACACACCAAGCAAUGAGACAGCUUGGUGCGUAUGUUGAGGCCAUUGAAGGAGUCAUCGAUGUGGAUCAGUCAAGUUAUGCCGAGUUGGAAACUAAGUGGCGUCGGUUCAAUCUGGCGUUCCAGGAGAUCGUUAACGUCGCGCUGCCUGAACAUCUCGACAUGAUCACCAAACGAGUCCAGGACCCGUUUGAUUCUAUCAUCCGACUCUACCAAGGACCUGAGCGAGUUAUGAGAAAACGUAAUAAGCGUCUUCCCGAUUAUGCUCGCUUCAAGGCUGCCAAGGACCGCGGCGAUAAGCCUGACAGGAAAACCACCGAGCAAGGCGAGCAGUUCAUUGCCUUGAAUGAGACCUUGAAAGACGAGCUGCCCAAACUCUUUGCUUUGACGGGUAAACUCACAGAAGCCGUCAUGACGAAUCUGCUUCAACUCCAAACCAUGUGGUGGAGCUUGUUCCAGACGAGAAUGGAAGCCCACGUCGAUGCUUUCCCUGAUGACUUCAGCAAGAUCAUCAACGACUGGAGCAGCGAUUACAGCUUUGCUGAAGCCCAGGUUCUUUCACUCGGUGUCUGCAAUGGGUCCUUGCUGGCUGAUGCCAUCAACUUGGUCAACUUCAAUACUCCUUCCAACCUCAACUCUCCUCGGCGCCCUUCCACAGUGAACAGCUCUUCCCAUCGCCCAGGCUCAAUGGCUGAGGACUCGCCGAAGGUCUCCACCGACUUUGGCGUUGGUCAGCUCUUCCAGUCUCCCAAUAUGAGCCAGUCCGGUACCAGUCGUCAUCGUGCAGACUCGUCAUUCUCCGGGCGUGCACCUUAUCAAGACACCCCGGACCUGGGACGAAGCCAACUUUUGCAGCAAGUGACCAACACCUCCGGCUCCUCGUCGGAUAUGCGGUCUAGCACUGAGCCGUUCCCGAGUCUGCCAAGUUUGAGCCUGGACACGCCCUUCCUUGCCGAUGUGAUCAGUGCGUCGAACAGUGAGAACAACCCACCAACUUCCCCCACUGAUCGAUACUCCGGCUUCUUCUCUUCCGCCAUGCCAAUGUCAGACACUCCCAACGAGGUCGAGGUCCAUCGUGGCCCCAAGAUCCUUCCCGAGGGAGCCAAAGUCCUCUUCGUAGCAGCCAGCCUGUACAAGUUUGACAUCGACCGUCCCCGGAGCGAGGCAGGUUUCCCAUACCUGACCUACGAGUCCGGAGCUGUCUUCGAUGUCUACGGCGAAAAGGGUGAACUUUGGCUCGCCUGCAACCAGGAUGAGAACACCGAAGAUCUGAAUGUCUCUCCCGAGGAACUUGCCGCGAUGGACCCCGGCGCUCGAGCAAUCACAUUGGCAGAGAUCCAAAGGCGAAAGACCGAGAAGGAGAAGACUCUGGGGUGGAUCUGGAACAAGCAUUUCGUGAAGCUGGCCUGA